AUAUUCCACCACCCGUUGGGACCCACCACCUCUGGUUUAUUUCUGCGCAUGAGUCUCGCCCAAUCGAUUUUUCUCUACAUACAUACAUCCCGCAUUCAAUCGAGGGCAGUCUUUGGUGCUAGAGACCGCAGAGAAGACGCGCACUUCCAUCCGACUCCAGAAUGCAGCUGAUUCUCGUUGCGACCUUGCUGUGCCUGGCCCUCGGCAGCUGCAGUGCGUCCAUAAGUGGACCCUUCAUCCUCUGGGGCAACCCCAGAGUCUCCGGACUGCAACCCCAGGCCUUGGUGGACUCGAACAGCAGGGAGCUGCCGCUGACGCAACUCUUCACGGAGGCCAAGGCGAUUGUGGUCUUUAUACGGAACUCGACCAGUCGACUGGAGGGCACCAAGUACCCAAAGUUCCAGAAUCUGGUGAAGAGCGCUGCCUGGACUUACCUGCCACAAAGGAGACUUGCAGCGGAGCCGUUCGGUCUGAACGCCAACAUUGAGGUGGUGAGCCUUUCAGGACACGGAGAAGAGGACGACGCCGAGAUCCUGACCGUCUACAACGAUGCCUUGAACACCUACGGAAGAGGAGAAGUGCUGGGCAUCCUGGGCAGCCGCGAGGAGGAGGCGCACUUCCUGGCCAAGAGAGAGGCUACUUCUGCUCCGGAGGAAGAGGAGAAGCCCAAGGCUCCAGAGGAGAAGCCCAAGACCGAGGCCAGCGGCUUCAUCUACGUGGCCGAGGGCAACAAGGCGGCGCUGACCCUCAAUGGACCACUGGAGCUGCGGCUGACCAACGAGACCCUGAAGCUGGAGGAGCACAUCAAGCAGAUCACCUUCGACGAUCAGCGCGCCAAGGGAUAUGGUCGCUUGAGCAUCACCUUCAUGCACUCCGGGGAGAAGUGCACGCUGCGCUUCAAGUUCUCCCUGAUCCGGGGAUCCUGGACCCUGCGAAACGUCGAGGUGGAGUACAAGGAGCUGAAGAGUGUUCUUGUGGCUCGAGGAGAUGAGUACACACUGCCCUCAGCUCCCCUGGGAUUCUCCUACCGCUGCUCGGCGGAGAACACGCACUUCCUGAACCCCUCGCGGAAUGAGACCAUUCAGAGUCUGGUGCUCACUGAUUUCCAGGUGCAGCCGUGGCUGAGCGGACGCAAGGAAUACGGCGAGGUGUACGACUGCAUUGGAUUCGUCUCGGCGCCCAUCCUGGCAGGCCUUUUCGUGGUGACCCUGCUCCUCGGCAUCCUGGGACUCGGGAUCUCCGCCAUGCUCAGCAUGCACACGCCCAAUCGAUUCGAGAGUUCGCGCAGCAAGCAAUCUGGGAGAGCCAUGUUUGUCCAGAUCACCUACGUGGCCUUCAAGCCACUGGCCCUGUUCACCCUGGCCAUCGAGCUCUUCCUGAUCCAUCUGCUGUUCGUGUUGAUCGUGCUUUAUGUGUAUGUGCUAUGGUAUUACUGAAAUCAAGUCAAGAUUCGAUGUGAACGAUUCAAAAUAUAUAUCUGCAAUGAAUGUUAAAA